UAAACGUCUAACAAGAGUAGUACCGUGAUACACUGAUAAAUUGCUUUACUUCUCGCUCAAACAAGAAACCCAAGCCUAUAGAUUUUUAUAAGGAAACGGAUAUUACUAUGAUUGCUGCUUAGUGGGUCAGAAAAUCAGAAGAACUUGAUCCUCUACAAAGUUGUUGACAGCCGUUUUAUUGACGGACCUGCUGUAGUCAACAAGCAACCUGCAGUUGCAUGCUGUUCCCUAAAAUAUUAUGGAGAGCGAAGAGGAAAUGACGUUUCUUGAGGUAGAAGCCGMUGUACAAAAAGAAUUCGAAAAGAGUCUGCCAGACGGAUGGAUUCUAAGCGAAUCCAGAAAACAUGGAAGAAUGUAUUACUUCAAUAGAGAGACUGGGGAAAGUCGAUGGGUGCAUCCAUUGAUUCCUGAUGAACAAACACAAGUUCAGGACACUGCUCCAGAGCCUGGUUUUACUGUCAGUGAUUUUAUAAUGCCAACUAGGGACAAGCCUAUGAUUCAUCCAGCAUCUGAUGCAAUAUUAUGUGAAAAUUGUCAGAAGCUUGAAUUGACAUUUUUUGAUCCAAAUUGUCCAGGAUGUCUAGAUCUCUUACUAGAGCCAAAGACAACUAUCCCUCAGCUGUUUGCAAUUAUGAGACAGUGGGUUCCCCAAGUACAACAGAAUAUAGGACUUCUUGUCAAAGAGAUUCUUAGGAGAGGUGCUAAUGUGAAUGACAGAGAUGGACUAACAGACAUGAGCAUGUUGCACUAUGCUUGUAAAGCUGGUGCAGUUGGUGUUGGAGAUGUAACUAGUUCUACUAACGUCGUCAGAGAGCUAAUCACUAAGGGAGUGGAUGUCUCACAGAGGUGUCGAUGGACAGACAUGUUACCACUUCACUAUGCAGCAUUCUUUGAUAUCGCUCCAGUCAUCGAUAUCCUCUUAAAAGCAUCAAAGAGCAAAGAUGUAAAUGCUCGGUGCAAGGAGUUUGAUAAUGGCACAGCUCUGCACAUCGCUUCAAGUAACCUUUGUAUUGAAGCAGUAAAAUCCCUGCUUGAUCAUGGUGCUGAUGUAUCCACUAGAGACAAGCUAAACAGAAUAGCACUUGACUGUGUACCAAAUGUUGCUGCAUAUGAACCAGAUUCUGAACCUGCAGUUGUUGCAGCCUCCCUGACGCAGCUACUAUCAGAAGCUGARCCUCCUACCACAUCACAUGAUAAAGAGAACCUUCACUCUACAUCAUUGUCUUUGGGCAUCAAGAUUGGUGAUCGUGUUUGGGUUGGUGGCACUAAGAGUUUGCCGCAGGGGAGUGGGCCGGGAUAGAGUUGGACGAACCAGUUGGCAAGAACGAUGGAUCUGUUGGUGGAGUGGCGUACUUCCAUUGCCGUCCUAAUCAUGGAAUCUUCGCUCCGUCUUCAAAAAUCGCCAAGGAACCAAGUCAACCUCAAUCAAUAGCUCGACCCAGUAGUCUGCCAACCCCGACCGUGCAACAAACCCCGAACCAGUCUUCCCAGGCAGCCUCAUUACCACACUCCAGGACUUCAGGGCCGAGUUCUCGGGACCAUUCCAGGUCAAGUUCUCCUGCACCUUCUCCUCAUGACGUCAAUGAGGCUGAGAUAGCAGAAAAAUUUGAGCUCAAUGACCGCGUGGUUGUUGCGGGACAGAAAUCAGGGCGUGUACAGUACAUAGGUCAGACACAGUUUGCCUCUGGGUGGUGGCUGGGUGUGGAGCUUGACCAGCCUGUUGGGAAGAAUGACGGUUCUGUAGGCGGUGUGAGRUACUUCACGUGCAAGCCAAGAUAUGGCGUAUUUGCUCCCGUUACAAAAGUUAAAAACCUGACUGCCGAAGACAGUUUUGCUGUACCUACUGCGCCUGCGCCAAAGACACACCAUAAUUCCCAUGGUUCAUUACACGAGACAAGUUCAAAAGGAUCACAGAAUGAUUUAUCAGGCUCGAACUCUGACCUUGCUGGACAUAAACAAAUCAAUUCGCUGAAAAAAACGCCGGCCAACUCGAACUCAAACUCCCGCCGAGGCAGCGCAGACAGCAUAAAAAAGGCCAGUCUUGGAUCAAGAAAGGCUCAGAAUUAUGAGUUCAAGUUAACUGAGGGUAUGAGUAUACUAGUGAACAGUGAACUGGGUGUGGUCAGAUAUAUCGGUACAGUCGACUUUGCUGAUGGUCUAUGGCUGGGCGUAGAAAUGAGGAAACCAGUUGGAAAGAACGAUGGCUCUGUCAACGAAAAGAGAUACUUCACAUGUAAACCAAGCUAUGGACUGAUGGUGCGACCAAGCCGAGCAUCUUGUCGAGGAAUCAACUGUGCAAAGCUUGUCGAAGAUAUAACGUCAUGAAUAGCCCGAGUAAACCAGAUAAGUGGAUCAUGUUAAAGUGUUAGGUAGCCCGAGUAAGUAAUCUUGAGGAGUGAAAUAAGUUGAACAGGUUAGUCCGUUACGUAGCCCGAGUAAGCUAAUAGUCUUGUGCAAAUAUUUGAUAUUAAUUUGCCUCAGCAAAUUAAUUAGUCAAACACGGUUUAUUUAGAUAUGACUUGCCAUAAGUUUGUUAAAAGUAGCCCGAGUAAUUGCAUUGUGGCACGAUCUUAGAAUUUGACAUUAACAGCGCAACAAAGUUGAAUGUCAGACAAAGCAAAAUCCCUGUGAGGACCCCUGUGAGCAAUUAAAUGUAAAUACAACUG